GAUAAGUUCCUCGAUCUUCCUGAAUUACGUCAGUACACGCAACCACGCUCCCACUCCCUCAGCCUUUGCGGCCACGUCUUGUCAAGUUAAAGUUGAUCUGACGAGCGCCACAAGUGUCCAUAUAAUCUACCUAUUUUUAAUUUCAUAACAUAUGAUAUGGUCCACAGUUGAUAUACUCCUUCCAGAUGACUGAACAUCGUCAUCCUCUUACUGGAAACAUAUUUUUUUAGUUUAGAAAUCGUCCUCACAAUUUAUGAAACUAAAUAUUAUAGUAACAAAAGCAGAACAAAGGGUUCCAUAUUAGCUACCAGUGUGGAAAAAUGGCGCGGCUGCUUGGUACCUUGGCUGCCCUUAUUGGUAGCUUUGGCUUGAUGUUACUGUUGCUCACGGUCUCCAAAAGCAUUUCCUCGACACCAAUUAGAGCUUCUGUUGUCUUGAGCAGCCAAGAGUACCCGACCCUCACUAGAAAAUGUUUUCUCUACGACAAUGUGACUGCCGAAAACAUCUGUUGCAGGAUGCAUCAGUACAAGCGGGACACCGAUAUUCUCCGCUGUAUUAGAAGAGCGAAUACUGAAGCGCUGGCAUCUCUCAGGAAAACGCGGUCCAACAUAUUACCUAUGUCAAAUGACACAGAUAACGUCAUAGGUGGGCAAAAUUACCCGAAAUCGAGCAACGUGGCGGCGGAUCUAAUGGCGGGCCGAGCAGACUGGACGCUGGCGACUCGCACGCCCGACUUGGUCGGCGUGGCGCACUGGGUGUUGGUCGGGGACUCGCACCUCAGGUACCUGUUCGACGUCCUCAUCCGCCGGGCGCGUGGCGUUGGCCUCCAGUUCAGGAAGAAGGACUCCGAUGAGUGGCGUCCCGCUCAUCUGCUGCUGAGAAAUUUCCGACUUCACACCACCUAUGAAGAUUUCAAAGUUCGCCACUUGGCCGUUCCUUUCCGUGUAACGUUCUACUGGGACCCGCUCCUCCAGAAACUCCCGACGCUCAUGAAGGGCUGGGAAGAGAAUCGCCGCUCGGCUCCCACGCUGGUCAUUCUUGGUUCUGGACUCCACUGGAUGCUUGAUACAGAGCCCCUGUACAAAGAAUCGGGUCCAGAUGCGGCGAUGGGCAUUUAUAGUGAUUACCUCAGCAGUUUAUCAAACGACCUCAUCCGUCUAGCAAACACUGUACCCACGAUUUUCAAACUCCUUGAUGAAGUUCCGACAGCGCAUGACAACUCACAGAUUCAUCCCCAGUACAACGUGGAAAACUUUGAGUUAUUUAAUCGCAUGAGCCGACAGGCCUUGGCGGGAACAGGAGUGCUGAUGUGGGACAGCGGCUUGCCUCUUGCCCAGGCCUACACGAAGGAAUGCCUGGCGACACAUGUUGUAACAUAUCCAGACUACAGAUGGAAGUGCCAUGACGCCAGACACGUGGGAUACAUAUUAGUGGAGCAAUAUGGCGAUAUGAUAUUUAAUUUCGCGUGUAAUAAAUAUAUGGAUCUAUCGAGUGAAUUCUGCUUGUAAUUUUUUCAUGGUAUAAACUGGGUCACAUAAAUAACAUCGUAUACUUGGAUUAUUUUUACUGAAUGUCGAAUUGUUAACCGCUAAUCACAUUACAACUGUACUGCUAUCAAUGUUUGUAGUAUAA